AUGGUCAAAGUAGACGACUUCGCCGUAGAGUCCUGGAUGGACGCAUAUGAGACAAAAUGCAAGUACAACAUUGCCGAAACAUGUUGUGCCUCAGUCUCUAUCGAUCAGCUACGCGACCUGUCUGAUAAAAAAGAGACACCCGUCUUCGACACUUCGCGUAUCCUAAACUAUGGUGACAUCAGAGGCAACGAAGAGCUACGGAGUAACCUCGCACGUCUCUACUCUGCAAAAGUCACCACGCCCCUAUCCCCAGACAACAUUCUCACCACCCCAGGCGCCAUACAAGCAAACUACCUAGCCACCUACACCCUCAUCGGCCCCGGCGACCAUGUCAUCUGCCACUACCCUACCUACCAAUCCCUCUACGCUGUGCCCGAACAACUUGGCGCCAGCGUCUCCCUCUGGAAAGCUUCCCCAGAAAACGCGUGGAUACCGUCCAUCACCGACCUAGAAGCCCUCAUCCAGCCCACCACCAAACUAAUCAUCAUCAAUAACCCCAACAACCCAACCGGCGCUGUCCUCGGAAAAUCCUUCCUCCAUUCCCUCAUCAACCUCGCCUCCACCCACAACAUCACCAUCCUAAGCGAUGAAGUCUACCGCCCCCUCUUCCACUCCCUCGGCCCCUUCGACAAAGACUUCCCCCCCUCCCUUCUCUCCAUGGGUUACGAAAACGUCAUAGUAACCGGCUCAAUGUCAAAAGCUUAUUCGCUCGCUGGUCUACGCAUCGGCUGGAUAGCUUCUCGCAGUUCCUCUCUAAUCGAGAAAGUAGCGUCUGCACGCCACUACACCACGAUUUCCGUGUCCGCCCUCUCCGAACACAUUGCCGCUUUUGCCCUUUCCCCCACCACUGUGCACGGCCUACUCGCCCGCAACAUCCAGCUCGCCAAGACGAACCUCGCGUUGCUGGAAAAGUUCAUGGUGAAGAAUGAGGAUGAAGCUACCUGGGUUAAGCCCGUGGCAGGUACGACAGCGUUUAUAAAGUUUCAUAGAGACGGUAAAGCCGUGGAUGAUGUGGAUUUUUGUAAAAAGCUACUCGAGACCACGGGCGUGCUUUUUGUGCCGGGUAGUACGUGUUUUGGAGAGGAGUGGAAGGGUUAUGUGAGGGUGGGGUUUGUGAAUCAGACUGAGGUUGUGAAGGAGGGCUUGGAUGCAGUGACGAAGUUUGUUAGGAAACAGUUGGAUGAGGUUGCGUUGGCGGAGUGA